AUGGACAAGAUGUUCUUGCUGGGCCUCUCUCUUUUCUGCCUUUUGAGAGGUGGGGAGCCAAAGUUCGGUAAAAAGAAAAUUGAGAUUGUGUGUGCUACCUGUGAAAAAUUUAGAAAAGGCUCCUGUGAGGAAGGUGAAGGUACCUGUGUUACGAAGGUAAAGAAUGGAUGCAGAAGCCAGUCUCUCUAUGCAUAUGCUGAUGAAUCUAAAGGGUCGACCUAUACUUAUACUAAAAUGGAAUGUGUCGACACUUGCGGAGAGCCUAUGGUCUUCCGGGCUUGGUUUCAUUUGGUGAACAUUUGCUGUUCAGAUAAAAACCUAUGCAAUAAAGGAUAUGCACUUGCAUAA